UUAUUGUUUGCCGACCGGACGGGACUUCAAGAAAUUUAAUUUUAGUAGUGUUUUGUUAUUUAAUAAAUCGUGCAGACCAGAAUGCGUAUAUAUGCUAUUAUUGCUCUGUUAGGAAUUUAUUCAAUAAACUAUUAUGAGUGUUUUGACCAUGAUUCUGGUUAUAAAUGGCCUACAAUAGGCAUUUCUGUUCUUGUAAGAAACAAAGCUCACACCUUACCUUAUUUUUUAACUUGUUUACGCAAUCUAGACUAUCCCAAGGAUCGAGUAUACAUUUGGAUGUACAGUGAUUAUAAUGAAGAUAACAGCAUUGAAAUACUAGAGACGUGGGCAGAGAACUAUGCAAGUGAAUACAAUGGUGUGUAUAUUACCAAAAAUUCUACAAGUGCGAGACUGCACUAUGAGGAGAAAUCUCCAACUCACUGGAGCAAAGCACGAUUCCGUCACAUUAUUGCACUCAGGGAAAAAGCACUUGAGUUUGCCAAAAGAAUGUGGGCUGACUAUUUAUUUAUGAUUGAUGCAGACGUGUUUUUGACGGAUAUCCACGCACUGAAGAGGCUAGUGAGAAAGAACAUGACUAUAAUAUCUCCGAUGCUGUUGUCUGACGGACUCUACUCCAACUUUUGGUGUGGCAUGACCGCGAAUUACUAUUACCAAAGAACAGACGACUACCAGCCUAUCUUGCGGCGAGAGAACCAGUCAUGUCACGAGGUGCCAAUGGUUAACACGGCGGUAUUGAUAUCACUGCGGCAUAACGUUGCGGAUAAACUGACCUACGACCCUAAUAAAAUAGAAAAGUACGACGGACCGCAGGAUGACAUCAUAGCAUUCGCAAUAAGUGCUAGGAAUAGUGGAGUCACCCUAAACAUAUGCAACGACCAUCUCUACGGGUUUGUCCUGGUUCCCCUCGAGGAAACAGACGACCUUACAAAAGACAAUGAACAGCUCCUCAACAUUAAGCUGGAAGCUAUUGGUCGCAGUAUACCGCUGACCGUGGACCCGCCCUUGCAGAAUUAUGUGAAAUAUCCGGAGAAGUGGAAGUUUGGGUUAGAUGAGAUUUAUAUGAUCAACCUGGAAAGAAGACCGGAGAGAAGACAGCUGAUGGAGCUUAGUUUCAAAGAACUCGGCAUGGACGUUAAGCUGUUUCAAGCUGUUGACGGAAGAAAAUUGGACUUGAAUGAUCUAAGAGAAUACUCUGUUACUCUGAUGCCUAAUUACGAAGAUCCCUAUCACAAAAGACCGAUGAAGGCUGGCGAGGUUGGCUGCUUCCUGAGCCAUUAUUACAUUUGGGAAGAGAUAAUAAAGAAUAAGUACGCGAAAACCUUAGUGCUUGAAGAUGACGUACAUUUCGUGCCGUACUUCCGGCACCGGCUCCUCGGGCUCAUGGACGAGGUCAAGGAUAUCGACUGGGACCUUCUAUAUCUAGGCCGGAAAGUAAUGCUUGGUGGAGACGAAGAAUACAUAACGGAGCAUACCACUCGGCCGCUCUACUCGUACUGGACUCUAGGCUAUAUAGUGACUGAACGCGGUGCCAAGAAACUGAUGGCUGCCGGUCCCAAAGAGAAUAUGCUGCCCGUCGACGAGUUUCUGCCUAUCAUGUUCGAUCAGCAUCCCAAUGACACUUGGAAGUCUCAUUUUCCGAAGCGCGACCUCAUAGCACUGUCAGCGGCUCCCCUUCUAGUCUAUCCUACGUAUUACACCGGAGAGGAAGGUUACAUCAGCGACACAGAGAAUUCGGAUAUAGUACAACUGCCUGAAGACUUACACAACGAGCUGUGAGCUGUUAGUACUGGUAGUUAGAUUUUAGUUUCACUUUAGUACAGUCAACAACAUAAACUAAAAACACGAUUUAAAAUUUUUUCGCAUAUUUAUUAAACUAUAUUUCUGUUGAAAAAUAAUAAAAUGAUGGCUUUUGCUAAUAUGUUUUAAGAAUUCGCUUUUAUGUAUAUUAUUCGUCGUUUGAUAUGGUAAAAUAAUGAUAUAUUCAUACACCAUAACCAAUGCACUUUAUUAAGUUGUUGACUAUACUAGUAGUUAGAUUUUAAUUUACUUGUGAGCUGUUAGUACCAGUUGUUAGUUUACUUGAAAAUUUUUACUUUUAUACGACAUUUACAAAAUUGUGUGUCAAACAAAUGUUUGGACUAAUACAGUGCAACAGCUAUAUGUCAACUUUAAAUAAUGAUUUUUAAUCUGUUAGAAAGAUUUUGUAUGACUUUUAUACCAGUCGAGAAAUAAUUGUGCCAUACAAUUGUUGCCAUACAAUCUUUCAAAUCAGGCCAAUUAGAAAAAGAUGAAGGGGUAUGAAAUUGUUAUAUUAUAUAACCGUAUCCGUAGUUAGAUGUUUUAACGACGAAUUAACAAGUCGUUGUGCAGUAAUUACUGUCUAAUAUAUUUAUAUAGACGGCGAUAGCACAGAGAAAGAGUGUUGAGAAUAUAGUUCCUAAUAAAACUAACUAUAUGAUGCAUUUAAUAUAUUUUUAUAUUUUGUUACACCUUUUAUAAAGUUAAUAUAUUUUUAAUAUAUUUCAUAUUGGUUGAAUCAGAUUAUGAUAUUAGAAUUUCGAAAUAUGUAGUGGACUUUGUGACGCAUUUGUUGCAAAUUUGGUUGAAGUCUGCAGAUGUGGUUGCGGUGUCUGCUCGUAUUUUUUAUUAUUCACGGUAUUCGUUGCCCUAAAAUACUCACAUGACUGAUAAAAAAUAUAUGUUUGUUACUAUUUUAGUAAAUUUUAACCAUAGGUAAAGAAUACGUGGUUUUGACGAAUCUUUUAAGCUUAGUAAGAUAACUGCAGCGGAACAUUGACUCAUUCCUAUACUUUAUUUUUAAUUAAUUUUACAAAGUAAUAAAUAUGGUAAGAAUAAUUAUAUCAAGAUAGUCACUGCUCAAAUAUAGUCAUUAAUGCAUAUGUGGCAUAUGACAUAUAGAUGAUCUUUUUAAUAAAACAAUGAACAAAUCUAUUGCGAGGCGUCGUAACCAUAGGAAUCUGAAUGUUUUAAAAUCUGUAAUAUUAUUCAGAUUUAUAUGGAUUUUUUGUUAUCAAAUUGAUUAUAUGUUUGAUUGUAUGUCGUAUAUUCUGUAUAUAAUAUAAACAUAUUAUUUUUAUCAUUUGACCUAAUAAUAACAUAUUUAUAACAAAUGUAGUAUAAGUUCUUGUUUUAGAAACGACUAAGCGAAUCACUAUGUGCCAUAAAAAUCUUGUCAAAUAUAUUUUUCUAAUUAUAAUUGCUACUUAAAUAAAUAUA